UAUGGCUUCACAACCUACAUUCGCCUAUGCAACGUACAGCAUUAUCUAUCCAAGAAUUUGGUUAGAUAAUGUUGGAAGCCAUGACGCGGUGAUUGAUGAACUGAAUGAACAGAUCUCGACUCUAUCAAGAUCUGGUGUUUGUGUCGACGAUAACGUUUUCGUCGUUGGAGACGUGCAUACUCUCCUGCGGAUCGACAGUACCAGUUUUCACUGGUACUUCCGCUUACCGGGAGACGAGGCCCCACCAGAUUCCCAACGU